AUGUCUGUAUUCCAUCCGCAGGGGGAGAAAGGAAAACCUGGUGAACCAGGACCACCUGGAAAGCUGGGAGAAAAGGGAGAAAAAGGCGAUUCUGGCAAUGCACUUGGAGGAGGCAAAGGGGAGCCUGGAUCACCAGGAUUACCUGGGCCUCCAGGACCAAAGGGAGAACCUGGAGCCCCUGGGGAGCAGGGGCCACUUGGCCCAAGGGGUCCCAAGGGUGAGCAAGGGAAGAAUGAAAUGGUAGAUUACAAUGGCAAUAUCAAUGAAGCUUUACAGGAGAUACGAACUUUGGCCCUUAUGGGACCUCCUGGACUACCAGGUGUUGUAGGACCACCAGGGCCACCUGGACAGAAGGGUGAAGUUGGCCUCCCCGGUCCUCCUGGACAUGAUGGAGAAAGGGGUCUUGAUGGCCUAACUGGAGAAAAAGGUGAUCAAGGGAUGCCAGGACCUCCAGGCCUCAUAGGUCCAAUUGGACUUCCAGGUUUCACAGGAGAAAAGGGAGAACCUGGGAAAAAAGGAGACGCUGGGGACUCAAUAACUGGGCCACCAGGGCCUCAAGGCCCACCAGGAACACCGGGUCCCCAAGGCCUUCCAGGACCUAAGGGGGAAGCAGGCAUUGAUGGAAAGGAAGGUGAAAAAGGUUCCCAGGGAGAAAAAGGAGACCGAGGUCCUCUGGGAUUGCCCGGUACUCCAGGACCAAUUGGAGUUCCAGGACCAGCAGGACCAAAAGGAGAGAGGGGCAAUAAAGGAGAUCCUGGAACUACAGGACCAAUAGGACUGGCAGGGCUUCCUGGUUUACAAGGUUCACCAGGUGAAAAAGGAAACCGGGGGGAAAGGGGCAAGAAAGGCUCUAGAGGGCCUAAAGGGGAUAAGGGAGACCAAGGAGCACCUGGAUUAGAUGCACCCUGUCCACUGGGGGAAGAUGGUUUGCCAAUUCAGGGAUGCUGGAAUAAGUGAAAAUUCUAACCAUGGACUGGCCUGUAUGUGUGUUUGUGCAUAAAAUAUUUAUUUUUAUAAAGUGUUCUUUUUGGAAAGUGCCAAAAGAUAUGCAUUUGGGAAGUGCCAAAAGAUAAAAUUUUGCAAAUUUUAAAAAGCUGCAUAUUUUUGUACAGAAAAUGCUACAUUUCUUUUUUCCUGAUUGUCAAUCACAUCUAUAUGUAUAUUGAUACUAUGCUACUUGCACUGUGGAGUACAGCUGCAAUAUUUGCAUAAUAUUUGUGCACUCAGUAAGUAUUACAGCUUAAUAAGUUAUUGCAUUAAGGUGCCAGAAAGAACAACUCUAUGUACAUAUGAAGUUCAAAGUCAUUUGCCAGUGAAUGCAAGAACAGCUUAAAAUACUAUGGAUUUUCAUUAUUAAAAUGAAAUGAAAUUUAGCAUUUGUAAAUAAAUCAUAUACUU